AUGAGUGAUACAAACGGUGGACACAACCAGUCAUGCCAUCAGUCGUCGCAUCGCUGCUCAUCACUGCCAUCGGUGUCGGCGACGGCCCGGCAAUCGGAUCCGACGACAGGCACGUCAUCGGCGCCCACAUCGCGCCCUAAAAUGGAUGUCGUCUGUCUCAUCGAUUUGACAAUAGGUUCGCCGACUCUGAGUCACCGGAAGGCGGCCUUAGAGGAGAUCAAGCGAGCGGCACAUCUGUGUAACGCAAACCUGCAUCACAUCCAGUUCCAGAAGUUGGACUUC